GAACCUUGGCAAAACUCCAUCAGUAUGACGCGUUAUUCCGGCGACUACCAUCCGGAAGCAACAUGGAAGCCCACAGUUGUGACAAGCGUGGUCUUGAGCAUUUAGACGAAUAUGAACCCAAACCAGCCAAACAUAUGCGUAGCCUGCACGAUCGCAUGGUGGAAAGGCGACUAGUAGUUAUUUUAGAGGGGGCAACGCUGGAAACAGUGAAGGUUGGCAAGACAUUUGAACUGCUGAACUGUGACCAACACAAGGGCAUGAUCAUCAAAAGUGGACGGGACCCAGGGAAGAUUCGACCUGACAUUACACAUCAGUGUUUGUUGAUGCUGAUGGACAGUCCAUUGAACAGGGCAGGUCUCCUACAGGUUUACAUCCACACAGAGAGGAACGCCCUGAUUGAGAUCAACCCACAGACACGCAUCCCCCGAACCUUCAACCGCUUCUGUGGCCUCAUGGUCCAGCUCCUGCACAAGCUUAGUGUGAGGGCGGCUGAUGGCCCCCAGCGCCUGCUGAAGCUCAUCAAGAACCCUGUGUCAGACCACCUGCCCCCUGGCUGCCCCCGUAUUUGUACCUCCUUCUCCUCUGGGGAGGCAGUGGGCGCCCGCACCGUGGUACCAGAGGAUGGGCCCGCCACUGUGGUGGUCGGAGCAUUUGCACACGGAGCGGUGAAUGUGGACUACACAGAGAAGACUGUUUCCAUCAGUAACUACCCUCUCUCUGCUGCCCUCACCUGUGCCAAGAUGUGCUCUGCCUUUGAGGAGGUCUGGGGCGUGUUGUGAUGAAGUUGACAGCGCACUGCUGCUCCAGCUAAAAAGGUUGUCAACAUGAACAUUGUCUUACAGGGACUAGAAAUGGAUUGGACAGUCAAGGAACAUUGUACAGAAACGGUCCAUUUCACCAAUUACCUCCUGUGGAUUUGUACGAUACUAUGGGUAUUGUGUGUAAAAUAUGGUAUUUUACAUGUCUUAAUAAAGGUAGUUUCAAUAUGAAA